GUAUGUUUGCCGUUUGAAGCAAUCCUGGAGCACACGAUCAGCAGCAUCUGAAGGGGGUGGGGGCAGAAUUUCCUUCCAGGGAGCGCGUGAGGGGCAUUCUCAACGGAAAACCAGACCAAAAGAGUAGUGACCAACCCUCCUCGGAUUACUCUCCACUGGCUCCUCCCUUUCUCCCCCCACCUCCAGAUUUGCAUAAAAAAGGCCAAGAAAACUCUGGCUGGGCCCCAGCAGCGGCUCACUCUGCUCCCCCGGGUCGGAGCCCCCCGGAGCUGAGCUCGGGCUUGCCGCGCGAAGCGGAGCGGACCGCGUCUCUCCCGCGCAGUCCUCCCCGCGCCCGGCGUCUCGGCGCUCCCGUCGCCUGGCCGCCGGUUUUCCAGGCCCCCGAGCCGCGCCGAGCAGAGCAAGCCGGCCGGGACGAGCUCAGCCCCGUCUGCCUCCCGCUUCCCCGGCUCCGCUCUCCGCCCCGCGAGGGUCGCGCGCCCACGAUGCCGCAGGGCCCUGGCUCGCUGCUGCUGCUCGUCCUCGCCUCGCACUGCUGCUUGGGCUCGGCGCGUGGGCUCUUCUUCGGCCAGCCCGACUUCUCCUACAAGCGCAGCAACUGCAAGCCCAUCCCGGCCAACCUGCAGCUGUGCCACGGCAUAGAGUACCAGAACAUGCGGCUGCCCAACCUGCUGGGCCACGAGACCAUGAAGGAGGUGCUGGAGCAGGCGGGCGCCUGGAUCCCGCUGGUCAUGAAGCAGUGCCACCCCGACACCAAGAAGUUCCUGUGCUCGCUCUUCGCCCCUGUCUGCCUCGAUGACCUGGACGAAACCAUUCAGCCGUGCCACUCUCUCUGCGUGCAGGUGAAGGACCGCUGCGCUCCAGUCAUGUCCGCCUUCGGCUUCCCCUGGCCGGACAUGCUCGAGUGCGACCGUUUCCCCCAGGACAACGACCUCUGCAUACCUCUCGCUAGCAGCGACCACCUUCUGCCUGCCACCGAGGAAGCUCCAAAGGUAUGUGAAGCCUGCAAAAAUAAAAAUGAGGAUGACAACGACAUAAUGGAAACUCUUUGUAAAAAUGAUUUCGCACUGAAAAUAAAAGUGAAGGAGAUAACCUACAUCAACAGAGAUACCAAAAUCAUCCUGGAGACCAAGAGCAAGACCAUUUACAAGCUGAAUGGUGUGUCUGAAAGGGACCUGAAGAAAUCAGUGCUGUGGCUCAAAGACAGCCUGCAGUGCACCUGCGAAGAGAUGAAUGACAUCAAUGCGCCCUAUCUGGUCAUGGGACAGAAACUGGGUGGGGAGCUGGUGAUCACCUCCGUGAAGCGGUGGCAGAAGGGGCAGAGAGAGUUCAAGCGCAUCUCCCGCAGCAUCCGCAAGCUGCAGUGCUAGUCGGCCCCCCAGGCCACUCCAGGGCCAGGCGGACCAUUUCCGCUCUGGGUCCUCAGCUCUCAUUUCCCAAGCACAGGCCCUGCGGCUCCAGCCGCCAGCCUGGAGCAGCUUCCCUUGCCUUUUGCACGUCUGCACCCCCAGCAUCUCCUGACUUAUAGGGCCUUAGGAGGCCUCAGGCACGAAUAGCUGUUUUCACAUACAGGAAAAACCCACCCAGAUCUUGUAGAGAUGUUCAAACUAAUAAAAUCAUGAAUAUUUUUAUGAAGUUUUUAAAAUAGCUCACUUUAGUUUUGAUUAGGUACAACUGUGACUUGGGUCUGAUCGUUUUGUUUUUCUGUUUGGUUUGGGUCAACUGACUUUCACUUUCAGCUGAGGUUGCUGUAACGUGCAAAUGGCUUCAUUUUCCUACCUGGCCCAAACUUUUGUGGGUCACAAACCUCGUUGAGAUAAAGCUGGCUGUUAUCUCGACAUCUCUCCGCUCCAGCCUGAGACUCAGAGCCUAAGUCUUAUAAUAAUUCACCUGUCAUUUUACACCCUCCUUGGGGACUUACCACAGUAGCAUGUACUGCAUUUCUGGGUAGAGUACUUCCAUUUAUCAAAAGCACAUUAACCAUCAUAGCAUGAGUUCUUCGAAUAAAGGGCAAAACAGAUUCUAUAAUUGACCUGAGUACUUUAAGCUUUGUUUAAAACAUUUUUUUACUUAAUUUUGCAAAUUAAACCAUUGUAGCUUACCUGUAAUAUACAUAGUAGUUGACCUUUAAAAGUUGUAAAAAUAUUGCUUUAACCAACACUGUAAAUAUUUCAGAUAAACAUUAUAUUCUUGUAUAUAAACUUUACAUCCUGUUUUACCUAC